AUGGUAAUAAUUGAGAAAUCAUUUCCUCGUGGUGGAAUACCAGCCGCCAAGGAAAAGGCAGCGGCAACACAAAAAGAAACACAGAUUUUUGGAGCUGUCCAAAAGAAAAUCAAAAAAACUAAAACAAAAUCCACAAAAAAGUCUUUUGAGGAUGAUGAUCAACAGAAUGACGCCUUGGAAUCAUUUUCAGCUGAGCUGCUUAACUACGAGACAAUACAAGAUGGCAUGAUCAUUAUGGGUAUCAUCAAGAAAGUGGAUCAAUUGUAUGUUAGUGUUUCGCUGCCAGGAAGAAUUAUUGCCCGGGUGUCGGCAUUGGAAAUUUCAGAUUCCUAUACAAAAAUUACAAAAGAAUUUCUGCAAAAUUCCGCACAAGCUGAGGGUUAUAAACCUCUCAAGGAUUUAUAUCGUGUGGGCCAAAUAGUCUAUGGUCGUGUUUUGGAAGUUAAAACCAACGAAAAGGGUCAUGUUUUGAUCGAUAUGACCUUUAAGCCAUCUGAGGUGCAUGCUGAACUCAAUCAUUCAAGCAUACGCAAAGGAUUUGUUUUCAGUGGUGCCGUGGAAGAGGUACAAGAGCAUGGUUACAUUAUUGAAUCCGGCAUUAAGGGAUUGCGUUGUUUCUUGCCUUUGGAAAAAUCAAAAGAGGGACAUGGUGUUGGUGAAUUGAUUUAUUUGAAAGUGGAUAAAAUGACUUUGGAUCAGGCGGCCAGUACUUGUAUUUGUCGUGAGGUAUCGGAGGAUAAAUUGAAAGUUAAAGAUCAAGCUGAUCCCAGUUUGGAUUAUUUGCUACCCACCACAAUUGUGAAUUUUCAAGUUGGCAAACGCCUGAAGGAUGGUUUAAAGGGCACUGUUAUGAAUGAACUAUUUACCGCAUAUGUUAAUGAACAUCAUUUGGGCAAUGCCCUGCUGGUGCCAGAUGAUUAUGAAAUCAAUGAGAAAUAUGAGGCGAGGAUUUUGUAUGUUAUGCCUUUGACAAAAUUGGUCUACUUGACAUUGAAUGUUCAUCGUAAUAAUGCAGUGAAAAAGGAGGAAAAUGAUCAAGAUGAUGCCGAUACCAGCAAUGAUAAUGUGGAACACAGCCUAAAGAGAGGUGAUAUCAUUGAAGAUGCCAAGGUCCAUCAUUUGGGAACCGGUGGUGUUGUAUUGGCCUUAGAUGAUUCUCAUAAGGGUAUAUUGUCCUUUAAGACUAUCAAAUCAAAUUACAAGGGCAAUUAUGACCAGGAUGAAUUGCUGGCCAAAUAUGCCAAGGAUACAACACACAAAGUCCGUAUACUUGAUUAUGAUAUUAUGGAUUGUGUAUAUGUUUGUACGGAUGAUACGACCACGGUGCAGGAGAAAUUUUUCGCCUUGGAUGAUUUCCAUCCUGGUGAUUUUGUUACAGCUAAAGUUAAGGAGUACAGUGAUAAAAUCGGUGGCUACAUUGUGCAAGUGGGAAUGGCAUCGGCAAUCAUUGAAAAACUCUUUUUGGCGCCCAACUUCAAGAUUUUCGAAACCAAUACUCGUCUAAAAUGUCGCAUUGUUGCUGUUAGUGCCGAAAGGAAAAUGGUCUAUCUAACCAAUCGUCAAGAAUAUUUAUCCAAAUCGUGCACUGUAUUGACUAGCUUCGAUGAGGCCCGGAUCAAUGGUAACUAUACGGGUACAAUUGUAAAGUCGGAACACGGUUUUGCCUUGGUGAAAUUCUUUGGCGAUGUUAAGGGUAUAUUCUAUAGACAAAAUGCUCCAGCGGGAUUUUUGGAUACAUUGAAAGAAGGUCAGACAAUGCAAUUCCGUGUGGCGGAUAAAAAAGAUGGACAACUUAUAUUGGGCGUCGUGGAGAAUGCCUUUAAAUUGGGUGAAAUUUGCCCUGCCACCAUUGUACAUAAAUUGGAUUCAGCUUUAGAAUUUAAGGUGGCUUAUGCCCCUGAAGGAGCAGAUGAUGGAGAGGAGGGACAGGAGAUUGAAUUUAAGGGUCUCAUACCAAUUCGAUUUCUUUCAAAUUACCCGGACCUGCUGUUGGCCAAACUGAAUAUGUAUCAAAUUGGUGAACAAACCCCAGCUGCCUGUAUUAACAAGAACAUAUUCAGUGUGCGGGAUGUCCAAUAUUUCACCGAGAAUUUAACACCCAAUUGGAAAUCUAUAAAUAUGGGUGACAUCUUAAAGGCCCAUGUUAAGGAUGUCAACGAUGAAGUGGUUGAGGUUAAUGUGCCCAUAAAUAAUUACACAAAGUCGGUGAAAUUACAUUUGAAUAUGAUGCUGAUGGAUAUCAAUAAUGCGGCCAAGGUUAGCAUUACGCCAUAUCAAGUUAUUUAUGUUAAAGUUUUGGGCAAAGAGGAUCUAACCAAAACCAUAUCGGUAUCGGCCAAAUUGAUUGAUGUGUGGGAUUGCCAAUUGAGUUCAACUGCCAAGGCUUUGAAGGGAUAUUUUGAUGAACUGAGCUGCAUUAAAAAGUCCUUGAAGAAACAAUCGAAUCCCAUUGCCCGUUACUCGGUGGGUGAUAAAGUAAAGGCCCAGUUUCAGGGUGUAAUUGAGGGCAGCAAUGAUUGGGAAUAUGUUUUGGAAAAAACUCAAUUAGUCGCCAUUGUUAAAUCAAGCCUUGUGGGAAAAGCCAAACCCCCAACACCGGGUACUGCACAGGAUUGCAUUGUUUUAUGGGUAGAUUAUAGCAGUAAUUUGUUAUUCCUGAGCAAUAAACCUGGCGAUACAGAUCACAUAUUACCCGGCAAGGAAAUCCCCCAGAACCUAAUCGGCAAGGGUGGUAUAAAUGCCAAGGUUCUAUUUAAAAAUGAAAGCAUAUUUAUAUGCUCCCUAAAGAAGGGUAAGCAUCCAUUGGUCUACUGUCCGGCCCAAUUGCAUUUCAAUGAUUUUGAGAAGAGUUGUAGUAACACCGUCAACGAAGGAGAUUUCUGUAAGCUCAAUUUCAUAGAUGAUCAAUUGCCCUUGGCUGUCUUGGACGAUACCCAUAAAAUUUGGACCGAAAUAAGUCGCAAGAGGAAACAUGAAAAUGAGAAUAAAGAAAAGGAAAAAGUAGCAGCAAAGAAGGCGAAAUUGGAAGUAGAAAAAACCACUGAACGUAAACGUAAAACUUCCGAAUCCCAGGAGGAAGUAAAAAAACCCAAAAAAGAAACUGCAAAGAAACCAAAAGUGGAACAACCUGAUGUCUUAUUCUAUGAAGAUAAAAGUGCCGACAAAAAGGCAGCUGCCAAGGUGGUGGAUAUUGUGGUGACAACACCAAAACCAGAAGAUUCCAAGAAAGAAUCGAAAACCCCCAAAGUAACACCCAAAUCCCUGGCUGGUGUAAGCAAUUUCUGGACAACCGAUUUAAAAGAUAUUAGCAAAACCGAAGAUUCCUCAGAUGAAGAUGAGGACGAGGAGGGCCAACAAAAUGCAAAUGAUGCUAAAAAUAAAAAGAAACUAACCGCCGCCGAGAAAUUCAAACAACAACGUGAAGAAGAAGCCCGCCUAAGGGCAAUUGAAGAAAAAUAUGCCGAUCCCACACAGUUACCCGACUCGGUAGAUCAAUUUGAUCGAUUGGUAUUAUCCGAUCCGAAUAACAGUAAACAUUGGAUUAACUAUAUGGUAUUCCAUUUGCAAUCUGCCGAAAUUGAUAAGGCCAGAGCGGUGGCAAGACGUGCCUUGAAAACCAUUACCUUUAGAAAUUCCGAAGAACAAAUAAAUAUUUGGGUGGCUCUAUUGAAUUUGGAAUUACGUUAUGGCAGCAAGGAAACAUUUAAUGACACGCUCAAAGAGGCCUUAAUCUAUAAUGAACCAUUGAAGAUUUAUUUAAGGGCUGUGGAGAUAAUAACAGAUUCGAAAAAGACCCAGGAACUGAUAGAAAUGAUUGGAAUUAUAACGAAAAAAUUCAAAGCGGAACAGGAAAUGUGGCGGGUGGCAGCAAAUGCCUAUUUCAGUGUGGGCAUGACCGAAAGGGCUCAGCAAUUGUUACACAAAGCUUUGGCUUGUCUGCCGGAGAGGGAUCAUGUCAACACAAUUGUUAUGUUUGCCAAUUUGAAUCACAAACACGGUGAAAAUGAAAUGGCCCAAACCCUAUUGGACCAGGUGGUAACUUCAUAUCCCAAGCGUGUUGAUGUUUGGUCACAAUAUGUUGAUAUGUUGGUUAAGGCGGAAUUAAUUGAUUCGGCGAGAAACAUUUUGGAACGUGCCAUUGUCCAAAAGAUACCCCUACGCAAAAUGCGUACAAUCUUUAAGAAAUAUUUAGAAUUCGAAGAACGUUUUGGCAAUGAUGCCAAUGUCCAGCGCGUCAAACAGCUAGCCAUGGAAUAUGUGAAAAAGAAUGAAAAUCUGUAAAGAUGGCGUAUUUUUUUUAUAAUUUAGGAAUUAAUUU